AGGUCAGCGACCCGGCAGAGUCCGCAGACCGGGUCCUCCGCCCCGUCGCCGCCAUGGUCCCUGCACUGCUGUGCGCGCUGCUCCUGGCCCUGAGCGCGCUGUCGCCAGCCCGUGCGGCCACCGCUUCACAAGGGGCGACCCAGGCAGGGGCCGCCCAGGGGCGGGCGCCCGAGGAGCGGCCCAGCAGCAUGGUGGUGGAACACCCCGAGUUCCUCAAGGCAGGGAAGCAGCCUGGCCUGCAGAUCUGGCGCGUGGAGAAGUUCGACCUGGUACCCGUGCCGCCCAACCUCUACGGGGACUUCUUCACAGGCGACGCCUAUGUCAUCUUGAAGACCGUGCAGCUGCGGAACGGGAAUCUGCAGUACGACCUCCACUACUGGCUGGGCAAUGAGUGCAGCCAGGAUGAGAGCGGGGCGGCCGCCAUCUUCACCGUACAGCUGGAUGACUACCUGAACGGCAGGGCCGUGCAGCACCGAGAGGUCCAGGGCUUCGAGUCGGCCACCUUCCUCGGCUACUUCAAGUCUGGCCUGAAGUACAAGAAAGGAGGCGUGGCGUCAGGAUUCAAGCAUGUGGUUCCCAAUGAGGUGGUGGUGCAGAGACUCUUCCAGGUCAAAGGGCGGCGUACGGUCCGUGCCACCGAGGUGCCUGUGUCCUGGGACAGCUUCAACAAUGGGGACUGCUUCAUCCUGGACCUGGGCAGUAACAUCUACCAGUGGUGUGGGUCCAACAGCAACCGAUUUGAGAGACUUAAGGCCACACAGGUGUCCAAGGGCAUCCGGGACAACGAGAGGAGUGGCCGAGCCAAGGUGGUAGUGUCUGAUGAGGGUUCCGAGCCUGAGCCAAUGCUCCAGGUGCUGGGGCCCAAGCCAGCUCUGCCUGAAGGUACUGAGGACACAGCCAAGGAGGACGCGGAGAACCGCAGGCUGGCCAAGCUCUACAAGGUCUCCAAUGGUGCGGGCAGCAUGACCGUCUCCCUUGUGGCCGAUGAGAACCCCUUCGCCCAGGGGGCCCUGAGGACAGAGGACUGCUUCAUCCUGGACCACGGCAGGGACGGGAAGAUCUUUGUCUGGAAAGGCAAGCAGGCCAACACGGAGGAGCGGAAGGCUGCCCUGAAAACAGCUUCUGACUUCAUCUCCAAGAUGAACUAUCCCAAGCAGACCCAGGUUUCAGUCCUUCCAGAGGGCGGCGAGACCCCACUCUUCAAGCAGUUCUUUAAGAACUGGCGGGACCCGGACCAGACCGACGGCCCGGGCCUGGCCUACCUCUCCAGCCACAUCGCCAAUGUGGAGCGCGUACCGUUUGACGCCGCCACGCUGCACACCUCCACCGCCAUGGCUGCCCAGCACGGCAUGGAUGACGACGGCACUGGCCAGAAACAGAUCUGGAGAAUUGAAGGCUCCAACAAGGUGCCUGUGGAUCCUGCCACGUAUGGGCAGUUCUACGGAGGUGACAGCUACAUCAUUCUGUACAACUAUCGUCAUGGCGGCCGCCAGGGCCAGAUCAUCUACAACUGGCAGGGGGCCCAGUCUACCCAGGAUGAGGUUGCUGCCUCAGCCAUCCUGACCGCCAAGCUGGAUGAAGAGCUAGGUGGGGGUCCCGUCCAGAGCCGAGUGGUCCAAGGCAAGGAGCCCGCCCACCUCAUGAGCCUGUUUGGCGGGAAGCCCAUGAUCAUCUACAAGGGGGGCACCUCCCGUGAGGGCGGCCAGACGGCCCCUGCCCCCACCCGCCUCUUCCAGGUCCGGGCCAGCAGCUCUGGAGCCACCCGGGCCGUUGAGAUUGUGCCCAAGGCUGGUGCUCUGAACUCCAACGAUGCCUUUGUCCUGAAGACCCCCUCGGCCGCCUACCUGUGGAUGGGCACAGGAGCCAGCGCUGCAGAGAAGGCAGGCGCCCAGGAGCUGCUGCGGGUGCUGAAGGCCCAGCCAGUGCAGGUGGUUGAAGGCAGCGAGCCAGACAGCUUCUGGGAGGCCCUGGGCGGGAAAGCCACCUACCGCACAUCCCCACGGCUGAAGGACAAGAAGAUGGACGCCCACCCUCCUCGCCUCUUCGCCUGCUCCAACAAGAUUGGACGUUUUGUGAUCGAAGAGGUUCCCGGUGAGCUCAUGCAGGAAGACCUGGCUACUGAUGACGUCAUGCUCCUGGACACCUGGGACCAGGUCUUCGUCUGGGUUGGAAAGGAUUCUCAAGAAGAGGAAAAGACGGAAGCCUUGACCUCUGCUAAGCGGUACAUUGAGACGGACCCAGCUAAUCGGGACAGGCGGACCCCCAUCACCGUGGUGAAGCAAGGCUUUGAGCCUCCUUCUUUCGUGGGCUGGUUCCUUGGCUGGGAUGACGACUACUGGUCUGUGGACCCCUUGGACAGGGCCCUGGCUGAGCUGGCUGCCUGAGGAAGGGCAAGGCCCGCCAUUGCCACCCACCCGUGCCUUGGAGAACUGUCCAUCUCCCACAGAGACCUUAUGGUGAGCAGGGCAACUCUGGUGCAUGAGCGUGUGUGUGUGUGUGUGUGUGUGUGUGUGUGUGUGUGUGUGUGUGUGUGUGUGUGUUAUAGUAGCCAAAAACAGCCCUGCCAAAAUUCAGGGUCCUUGCAAACUUGUCUCAAAUAUCUGUGCUUUGGAAAUUAAAUUUAAUAAAAGCUUUUUGAAGUGUG